GUACAUUGCGUUUGUAUGCGAGUAGAUAAACUCCAUAAAUUCGUAACCGACAAGUCAGUGUAAAGACAGAGCUCCUACAGUGCAGUUGUAUUUCUGGUUUUCCUCUCGCAACAUUUUAUAUUUGCACAUUAUUGGAACACAAUUGUGCGUCUUUAUCGACCCUUCCCCUACAUAUUGCAUAACGAAGAAUGAAUAUUUUAAAACUACUACUGCCGGUGGGCUUUGUUCAAAUCAGAAAUUUGUCAGUUGUGGCAGCGACCAUGAGUGGGAACGAGAAUUACAAAGAAGCAAAAUCGAUUUACGAUUUCACUGCUAAAUCCAUAAAGGGCGAAGAAGUUCCUCUAUCCAAGUAUGAAGGGCAUGUUUGCUUGAUCGUAAAUGUAGCAUCGAAAUGCGGCCUAACAGCCACAAAUUACAAGGAGCUGAAUCAAUUGUACGACGAGUACGCCGAAUCUAAAGGCUUACGAAUCUUGGCUUUUCCUUGUAAUCAAUUUAAUGGACAGGAACCAGGAGGUAGCGAAGAAAUAUGCAGUUUUGCCGAUCGGCAAAAGGUUAAAUUUGACCUGUUUGAAAAAAUUGACGUCAAUGGAGAUAAUGCCCAUCCUUUGUGGAAAUACAUGAAGAAAGAACAAGCAGGAUUUUUUGGUGAUUUCAUAAAAUGGAACUUCACGAAAUUCAUCGUGGACAAAGAGGGCAAAGUGGUGGAGCGCCAUAGUCCUACCGCAUCUCCACAAUCUUUGAGAAGCAACCUCGAAAAAUUCUUUUAAACAUUCUACUACUAUUAUCUAAUAGUAAAUAUUUUUAUUAGUAAUGUCACUCCUUGUAAUUAAUUGAUAUCGUUAACGAUGUUCAAUUACACACACACACUAGUCUUGUAGAAUAUCCCUACACAACACUAUAAACUUCUAGCUAGUUUUUUAUUCUAUAGAUAUUUUUAUUUUUACUUAUCGAAUAUUGCAUUUUCUAUCAAUGUUUUACACAUCGAAUUAACAAGUAAAUUGGUUGUAUCCACAAAACAAGAAAAA